UGUGGUGCUUGGAUCACAGUCAUUUCAAGGCAAUUCAACAUGAAAGCAGUCAUUAUUUUGGUACUCGUCGGCUCCGUUCUGGCCGUUCCGCCACUCAGGGUGAUGCCACAGAGCGCGUCGCAGGAUGCCCACGCACAUGUCUUUGCUGAGGUGCGACCAGCAGGCCAGAAGCACCAGCAGCAACUCAGCGAGCAAUCCUUUGUGGUGCAGACUUCUGCCGAGCACCAUGCUGUCGAAGUUGAGCUCAAGCCAGCCCAUCAGAGCCCUGUCGAGAGCCAUGUCGUUGAGGUGGGCAUCAAGCAGAAGGAACCGAAGCCCCAGCACAUUGAGUUGGAUAUUAAGCCCGUGCAUCAGAGCCCAAGCCACGUGGUGGAGCUGGAGUUUAAGCCGGCUGAUCAACCGAAGCACCAGCACAUCGAUGUGGAGCUGGUGGCCGACCAUCAUGGCACGCAGACCCAUCACGAAGUUGAGCUGGAGGUUGUGCGCCAGCAACAGCCACCACACCAGACUGAGCUGGUGAUCGGCAACGAGGUGAAGCAGACUCUGCCCGUGCACUCUGUUCAGCACCUGAACCUCAAUCUCGUGCAGUAGAGCAGCCCACACAAAGGCGGUCGUAUUCGAAAGUGCAUUAAAUAUUUAUAAUUACA